UGCCGGCCGCUCUGACCCUGAAUCCGAAAACCGCCAACCCCUGGCUGGUCCUGAGUGAGGACCAGUCGGCCGUGAGGAUGGGAGACCGAAGGCUGGAGCUCCCGGACCUGCCCCAGAGGUUCGACCGGUGCGCCUGUGUGCUGGGGUCGGAGGGAUUCACAUCGGGGAGGCACUACUGGGAGGUGGAGGUGGGGGAUAAGACCGAGUGGGACCUGGGAGUGGCGAAGAGGUCCUGCAAGAGGAAGGGGAGAAUCAGACGGACCCCCGAGGACGGCUACUGGAGACUGAGCCUCCGAGGUGGGAGCGAGUACACGGCCUUCACCUCGCCCCCGACCAGCCUGAGCGUCGUUCCGAGGCCGAGGAAGGUCGGGGUGUACCUGGACUACGAGGGGGGGCAAGUGUCGUUUUACAACGCAGACAGUAUGUCCCACCUCCACACUUUCACUGACGCCUUCACAGAGAAACUCUACCCGUACCUCUGCCCCUGUUUGAACGACGGUGGCAAAAAUUCGGUGUUUAUGAAAAUCUGCGGGGUGAAGGCCCACUCUCUGACGUCACGCGGCAGGAGUCUAACUCCCAGCGCAGUGGGCCCGUGAGGAAAGGGCGAUGAUCUCCCCCUGCUGUGUUAUCGGCUUUUCGGGAUUUCAGUGCCUGUCGUAACAACUAAAGCA